CGUGACCGGGGUUGACGUUUCCCAGUGGAGGCGGGGACAGCCGGUCUUGCAGAUGGCCCCGCUACCAGGGGCAGAGCUGGUCCAGAGGCCUCUGCAGCUCUACCGAUACCUGCUGCGCUGUUGCCGACAGCUGCCCACCAAGGGCAUCCAGGAGCAUUACAAACACGCGGUCAGGCAGAGUUUCCGGGUUCAUUCAGAUGAAGACAGUCCUGAGAGAAUCCAGCAAAUUAUUAAAAGAGCCAUUGAAGAUGCCGACUGGAUCAUGAACAAAUAUAAAAAACAAAACUGAGACUCCUGAAGACCCUGAAGCUGAGACACCUCGCUGGAGCUAGCCAGCAGCAGCAGCUCUGGACUGUCCAUUGUCUUGUGAGACAGCAGGAGUCAGGGGUCAGAGAUGCUCAGACUGCUCUUCUCGGCAUGUUCACGCCCCCAGUGACCUUUACGUUUGCUUUUCCAGCUGGUUAUGAUGUGAGAUUGGGGGAGAAUGCAUUUUUUCACUCUGCUUUGAAAGUGAUUCAUUUAUUCUGGAUGUCAUCUUUGAGACCGGAGUGGGCGUCUGCUCAGAUGGCAGCCUGUACGGAGGACAGGGCAUGGGAUUUAGAACCAGACGGAUCUGGAUUUGAAUCCCAGCUCAGUGGCUUUUCAAGGGUGUUGACUUUGAACUCGAUUUACUCCUUUGUGAGAAUGAAACAAGAUGAAGUUAAAGAGCCCGACACAGAACAUAGUACGUGGUGGGGCCCAUAAACCUCGCUCUAAGGAAGAUGUCCUCCCUGCUCCCACACUGCUCCGUGCAUCUCUCUCUAGCCCACUCCUCCUCCGGUCGGUUUGUUUGUGGACUUGUCCUUUCCUGCUUGUCACCCCCCACCAUUCCCUAGGACC